AUGGGGAAGAGAAGAGCGCCAUGCUGUGACAACAGCCAAGUUAGAAGAGGGCCAUGGAGUGAUGAAGAAAGUGAAAGGCUCAAAGCUUUUAUCCUUAAAAACGGUCAUCACAACUGGAGAUCUCUUCCUAAACUCGCUGGAUUAAAGAGAUGCGGAAAGAGUUGCCGUCUAAGAUGGAUAAACUAUCUGAGACCAGGUCUGAAACGAGGCAACUUCACCAAAGAGGAGGAAGAUACCAUUAUCCACCUUCACCAAACUCUUGGAAACAGGUGGUCAAAGAUUGCAUCACACUUGCCGGGAAGAACAGACAAUGAGAUCAAGAAUGUGUGCAACACUCAUCUCACGAAACGAUUGAUGAAGAGCAACUCAGCAUCAGCAUCAGCAUCAUCAUCAAAUGUUACCAAUCAAACUUCUUCAAUGGCCUCUUCUUCCUCGUCCUCCUCAUCAGUCUCUAAUGAGGUUUCUAACGGUGAGAAGCGUGAUCAGAAAGAGGAGUUUGAGGAAAUCUUAGUGGAGGAUAUGGCUUGUGGAUUUGAAGUGAAUGCACCGCAAUCAUUGGAGUUUCUUUUUCAAGAGUACCAGCUUCUUCAGCCUCCUGUAUCUAAACCGGACUCGCUAGAAAUUUAUAAGCAAUCAGAUCAUGAGUCGUGUAACCCAAUGGUUGAACCAGGGUUAGAUGAUUACAAUGAAUGGCUAAACUAUCUUGAAAACCAAACUUUCUAG